AGCUGAGUUGCGGCGCGCCCGUGAGGUACGUGCGGAGCGAGCCUGCAGCCUCCAGCGCGGGGCCCGUUCCCGCAUGUCGCAUUCCGGCAAAGUCAGCGGCGCCGUCAUGACGCCCAGCGCGCCGGCAUCCCGCACAGGUGGGCGGUGGCGGGUGGGAGAGGCGUGACCGCUGCGGACGGUUAGGCACGCGAGAUCUUGGCCGGGGUCAGAGUACUAUAAGAUUGAUAUUAAAGACAUGGUUUUCACUCCUCAUCAACACACAUAAGUUUUCUCUUCAUUUUGGACCCCUAUUUUAUACCACAAUGCAACAAGCUUUAGAACUAGCUUUGGAUCGUGCUGAGUAUGUUAUUGAAAGUGCCCGACAGAGACCUCCUAAAAGGAAAUACCUGUCUAGUGGAAGAAAAUCUGUAUUUCAAAAACUUUAUGACUUAUAUAUUGAAGAAUGUGAAAAAGAGCCUGAGGUUAAGAAAUUAAGAAGAAAUGUGAAUCUGUUAGAGAAGCUUGUUAUGCAAGAGACAUUAUCCUGUUUAGUGGUCAACCUAUACCCAGGAAAUGAAGGAUAUUCUCUGAUGCUCAGGGGAAAAAAUGGAUCAGAUUCUGAGACCAUUCGACUGCCUUAUGAAGAAGGGGAAUUGCUUGAAUACUUGGAUGCAGAAGAAUUACCUCCAAUUUUGGUUGAUCUCCUAGAAAAAUCUCAGGUUAAUAUUUUUCAUUGUGGAUGUGUCAUAGCAGAAAUACGUGACUACAGGCAGUCCAGUAAUAUGAAAUCUCCUGGUUACCAAAGUAGGCAUAUUCUCUUACGUCCAACAAUGCAGACUUUAAUCUGUGAUGUGCAUUCAAUAACAAGUGAUAACCAUAAAUGGACCCAGGAAGAUAAACUCUUGCUUGAGAGCCAACUGAUUCUAGCUACAGCUGAACCACUGUGUCUUGAUCCUUCUAUAGCAGUAACCUGUACUGCAAAUAGACUGCUUUAUAACAAGCAAAAGAUGAACACGCGCCCCAUGAAACGGUGUUUCAAGAGGUAUUCCAGGUCGUCUCUGAAUCGGCAGCAGGAUCUCUCUCAUUGUCCACCUCCGCCUCAGCUAAAAUUACUUGAUUUCUUACAAAAAAGGAAGGAAAGAAAAGCAGGUCAACAUUAUGACCUCAAGAUUUCUAAAGCAGGAAAUUGUGUAGAUAUGUGGAAACGGAGUCCCUGUAAUUUGGCCAUACCUUCCGAAGUGGAUGUGGAGAAAUACGCUAAAGUGGAAAAGUCCAUCAAAUCUGAUGACUCACAACCAACAGUCUGGCCAGCCCAUGAUGUAAAAGAUGAUUAUGUAUUUGAAUGUGAAGCUGGUAAUCAGUAUCAGAAGACAAAGCUGACCAUUUUGCAGUCACUUGGUGAUCCACUUUACUAUGGCAAAAUACAGCCAUGUAAAGAAGAUGAAGAAAAUGACAGCCAGAUGUCUCCAUCCCACUCCUCCACAGAUGACCAUUCAAAUUGGUUUAUUAUUGGAUCAAAGACUGAUGCUGAGAGGGUAGUCAAUCAGUACCAGGAGUUGGUCCAGAAUGAAGCCAAAUGUCCAGUCAGAAUGUCACACAGUUCCAGUGGCUCAGCCAGCUUAAGUCAGCUUUCUCCAGGGAAAGAAACAGAACAGCCCGAGACUGUGUCAGUUCAGUCUUCAGUUUUGGGGAAGGGAGUAAAACACCGACCUCCACCCAUCAAACUCCCCUCAAGCUCAGGAAAUAGUUCUUCAGGUAACUAUUUUACACCGCAACAGGCCAGCAGCUUUCUUAAAUCUCCAACUCCUCCUCCUGCUUCCAAGCCACCAAGUCUUUCUCGGAAGUCAUCUGUGGAUCUCAAUCAAGUCAGCAUGCUUUCUCCAGCUGCCUUGUCACCUGCCAGUUCAUCACAAAGAUCUGGAACUCCUAAGCCAUCUACUCCUACACCAACCCCUUCAUCGACCCCACACCCUCCUGAUGCUCAGAGCUCAACUCCUAUUACCCCUUCAGCCACCCCUACUCCCCAAGAUUCAGGCUUCACCCCUCAGCCCACUUUGUUAACUCAGUUUGCUCAGCAGCAAAGGUCUCUGAGCCAGGCAAUGCCUGUAACGACCAUUCCUCUUUCCACCAUGGUAACAUCCAUAACUACAGGAACCACGGCCACCCAGGUCAUGGCAAACUCUGCUGGACUUAACUUCAUCAAUGUAGUGGGCUCUGUUUGUGGAGCCCAGGCUUUGAUGAGUGGUUCAAACCCUAUGCUGGGCUGUAACACUGGUGCCAUAACUCCUGCAGGAAUAAACCUGAGUGGCCUUCUACCCUCAGGAGGUCUGCUACCAAAUGCAUUGCCCGGUGCAAUGCAGGCAGCCUCUCAAGCAGGUGUUCCAUUUGGUUUAAAAAAUACUUCAAAUCUCAGGCCCUUAAAUCUACUCCAGCUUCCAGGUGGUUCACUCAUUUUUAACACUCUGCAGCAGCAGCAACAGCAGCUUUCUCAGUUUACGCCACAGCAGCCUCAGCAGCCCACCACUUCCAGUCCUCAGCAGCCAGGAGAGCAGGGUUCUGAACAAGGUUCUACCAGUCAAGAACAGGCCUUAUCCGCUCAGCACGCUGCUGUUAUUAACCUUGCUGGAGUAGGAAGUUUCAUGCAGUCACAGGCAGCUGCAGUUGCGAUUCUUGCAGCAUCAAAUGGCUAUGGCAGCAGCAGCAGCACAAACAGCUCAGCUACAUCGUCAUCGGCAUACAGGCAGCCAGUCAAAAAGUAAAAUGAAGAGAGGCACGCCAACCACUCCAAAAUUCUGAGUCUUGCUUUUUUUUCUUUUUUAAAACCAUUAAGAGCAUUGAAUCAAAAGGAUUCUGAGUUUCUACUUCAUUUUUUGGUUUUGUUUUUUUUUAACGUCAGUAUUUUACAUUGCUAGAUGUACAAACUUUAUACAGAAGCACAACCCUAGCAUUUUUAAGUAAAAACAGGGAGAUGGUUUAAUGAACCAUUAGGGUUGGUUUGCCUAAGUUACUGCUUUUUCAAAAUGGUUUCACUGUACAUAAUACAUGUGGAAGUGACCUAAGAAAUACUAGAAACAUCUUUCAGAAGAAUGUAGUUUGAUAUUUAUUUAGUAUAAAAGGUUUGUGCACAGUGUAACAAAUACAGUUUUUACAAAUCCG